UUUAUUAUAGAUGUUGUUUUUUAUUACUUUUAGCAUGAAAAGCAGAUAAUUUGUUUCUGACCAUCAAACAGAACAAGUUUGUGUUUCAGAACGAAAAUGAAAUAAAGAUUUUUUCUUUGUUUUCUGAUGAAAAGAUCAAAGAUUAAAAUCAGCAAAAAUACAAAAUAAAUGAAGCAUAAAACAAUAAAUUAAACAAACUGCUGACAGAAGAGUGUUUGUCCUGCUGGGACGUCCCUGAUCCAAACACUGAAUCCCGUCCAGCCUGAGCCGUGACCUCUGACCUGGAGGACAUGAUCUGUAUUUACAGACAACAUGAAGCCCUCCUGCUGCACAUGACAAUAUUUACUUUCACCUCAGUGUUUGCUUGCUCUUCACAUAUUUGUCUAACAAAACACAGCGAGGUGAUUUUACAUGAAGGACAUCAGAGAAGAAGAAGAAACAGAUUUUAAACUCAAAUGAUCUUUUUCCUGAAGGAAACCCUCCACCUGUGUAACUCAGAGUGGACGGUCACGUUGCCACGGAGAACAUCUCAUCAUCUCAGGUUUCUGCUGCCUCCCAACACGCCCAGCGCCGGAUUCUCACUCUAAAUUUAGCCGCCUUAAAGUCAGACGAGACAGCAGAGGGGCAGCUUACCGUAAAACCCCAGAGGCUCUGAAUGUCUGAUGAUUCAUAUCUGAAGUUCUGAUGGAUUAGUGUGGAGCGGUCCUGCACGAGGAGCAUGGUGCCGGUCCAGAGUCCAGAGUAACUCCGCUCUGCAAGAACUUUUCUGGAUCUGGGAACGUCUGGCAUUUUCUGCAGCAGCUGUUUGAAUAUUUCCCCUGCAGAACGAUGAGCUGCUGGACGUUUUUAGUCGCCUUCAGCCUUCUUGACUGACUGGUCAUGUUUGUUGUUGUCUAACUGGUGGCUCUCCGGUGAAGUGCCUUGGUGCCACGCAGGCUGUGCGGAGGUGGACUCCAUGACCGAAGCCGUGGCGGGAGAAGGAUUCCUGCUCGGCUGCAUUUCCUGUAAGAAAAGAGAGGAAGUGUCGGCCAGAGCCACGGUGGACUGGCACUUCAAACGGGCCGAGGGCCACGAGUUCACACAGAUCUUCCACUAUAAACACCCCGACGCUCAAGUCCUCCAUGAAGACUUCAGCGACCGGCUGCAGUGGCAGGGAACGCUGAACGACGACGUCCAGAUCGGCGCCGUUUUCCUCCAGAACGUCACCUUCAACGACAGCGGGACGUACCGCUGCACCUUCCGCCGCACCCUCCUCCUGCAGCUGCAGCCCGAGAACGUGGUGGUGGAGAAGGAGGUGGAGCUCACUGUGGUGGCCGCAGCCAACCGGGAGCUGACGGCGGUGAUCUCUGAGAUCGUGAUGUACGUCCUGAUCGUGGUUCUGCAGCUGUGGCUCAUCCUGGUCAUGGUCUACUGCUACAAGAAGAUCUGGAACGAACACGAAGCGCGAGAGGCGAAGAAAGCGCUGGAAGCGGAGGGAUCACUGCUGGAGUCCAAGGAUCCCUGUGACGGCGUGCAGGCGGAGUAACACCAGAGAGCGUCAGCAGGUUCCUCUGGAGCUGCAGCAAGGAACAUAAAGAAUAUGUUUCCACAUAUUUGUUGUAACUGAGGUGAUUGACAGCGCUAAGCCCCGCCUCCUGGCUCUGAUUGGUUGUUUUUGGGAGCGGAGCUUCUCUUCAGACAGCAGAUUGAUCUUUUCACAGAUUGUUUCUCUCAUAACGAAAUGUAAUGGUGACAGGUUUUAUGUAAAAAACAUAUUUUUCAUAAAUGUUACUCAUAUCAGUUUUACGAAGUGAGUGAACAUCCAGAGAGACGGAUUACAGAUUAACUUCAAGAGUUCAUCAUCUCUGACAGACUUUCAAUUUUAUUCUUGAUGAAACGUCUGACCUGCUGUUUGGUUUGUUUUCCGGGUCACCAGAACCUCUCAGGUGGUUCUGAAAGCUCCAUCACUUCAGCUUAAACUGAGAUAACAUGAAGGACUCUGAUGUCACAUCCUGUCUGUUGCCAUGGGAAACCGUCUGAAUGGGAAAGCAGAAAAGAUAUUUUCUUUCUUCUUCUUGUCCGGCUGUGGAUUAUUUCUGUUUUCUUACUUGUAGGGAUGAACUGAUGUGAAAACUUGGGCCGAUAUUAAUAUCCAAUAUUACUACAGAUAACCAAUAUUUAUCGAUAUUGUUCGAUAUAUUUCUAGGUGUCUCGCUGCAUGCCUUCCUGUCUCCUCUCUGUUGGACUUUGACUUUAUUUUGGUCAUUUCCAUCUUGUGUUUAUUUAGUUGUUCCUGACCUGUUUGGAUGUCGGUCAGUUUGUUUCUGUUGUGUCCAGUGUGUCCAGUAAUCAUGAUCCCAGUAGGUUUAUGUGCUCCCAGUUUCACUUUGUCAGAUCCUCCUGUUUUCUUCUUGCUCGUUUCUUUGUUCUGUUUCUUCCAUUAAAUUUUCCUUUCAUCGUCUUUC